AUGAGUGGCCCCGAGUCCACGAAACAACGCCGGCAGUCCGCAUCCAUACAACAGAAGAUCAUCAAGAGAGGCACGUGGUUGCCGGCUGAAGAUACUCGGUUGCGCGAGGCAGUGGCCAAGUACGGCCCUCGUUGGGUCUUAGUGGCGAACGAGGUGGGCAGUCGUAAUGGUGACCAGUGUGCUAAACGCUGGAAUGAGAAUUUGAACCCAGAGCUAGACCAUAGCCCGUGGACCCCCGAAGAGGUGAGUUCGUCCUGCGGCAUUGUCCAGAGACUACACUUCGUGACGAUUAUGCAUGCACGGGAAGCGGACAAAGAGGUCGUGCUCAACUAUUCCCAUCGUGGGCCUUUGGAUUAUGUAUACCUCGUGUACUGGCACGGGAUGCUGAUUGCAAGCGCUUACCAGGAAGAACAACUCAUGAGUCUCGUCACUACCUACGGCAACAACUGGAAAUUUCUGGCCAACUCGUUCUUCGAGCCCCGUGCGCCUCUAGCCCUCAAAAACCGAUAUUCCCUACUUAUGAGACGCCUCAAGCGUCAAGGAAUGAGGGACCAAAUGCCUAUCACGAAUACUGAGACGGUCCAGAUGCCGCUGGAUUCCAUCUCAUCGAGCGAGACGAGCCGCAGUGUGUCCAUGAUCCCAACUACUCCAGUUAAUCUAGAGAGUCUGUUCUCAUGCCUUGGGGAGCCCAACGCUGCUAUGGACGUGACUGAUGGCGAAUUCCCCACCCUUUUGGAAACGCCAUCGGAUACCAGUGUGCCGACAGUCAUUACGACUACCACGUCUCAUCGUUUGCAAGGAACAGCAGAAAGCCCUUUAGCCGGCACGACUACCGAGUCCGACCCGUCGGGCUUUACAUGGCGUCCAGAUGCCAUCUUGGGAAUGAGCCCGCGUGAAUCAACCGGAAUCCUUGAUCCUCAUUGGAAAGGGAGCGAGAUAGACAUAAUGCACACGACCCCUGAAAACAGGCCUUCGGACCGAGAAUCCCGGAGAAAGAGUAGCCAUGAGGCUGGCGUGAUUGAGUACUCGGUUAGCUGCCAGCGUGGGAAGCUAAAGUCGUUGGUCGGCUAUCUAGUGGAAGCUGCCAUGUCGGAGAGUGCGGACGGCGCAAUGGAGGAAGAUCAGAUAACUCUGACCUUGAAUGUGAAGAGUUAA